GAUGACUAAAGCCUUGCUGGAGAAAGAUGGCGUGAACUGGCGCCAGACGCUCCCACCAAUCCCUACAGUCCCUGUUUCUGCCCAGAUGAGGUGGAGCAGUCCUUCUGCCGGAGCCCCCAGGGCAAACACUCCUCCUGCAACUGCACCACAGGGAGGACCAGACCAAACUGCUGCUGACACAGAGAGAGCUCGAACUCUAAAGGAAGAAGGAAACGAACUUGUAAAGAAAGGAAACCAUAAAAAAGCAGUUGAGAAGUAUAGUGAGAGUUUAAAGCUCAACCAGGAAUGUGCAACUUACACCAACAGAGCUCUCUGUUACCUGACUCUGAAGCAAUACAAGGAAGCAGUACAGGACUGCACAGAAGCUCUGAGGUUAGAUCCUAAAAACGUUAAGGCACUCUACAGACGUGCUCAAGCACUUAAAGAACUGAAGGAUUACAAAUCAAGUAUUGCCGAUGUCAAGAGCUUGUUGAAAACUGAACCAAAGAACACCGCUGCACUGAGAUUACUGCAAGAACUCAAGAGAGCCUAG